AGCAUACCGUUCCCCGACGGCUAUAAAUAAGGCCGUCUCGCUAUUGCACAGCACAAGCAAAAUUGCUUUGCACUUUCCCAAACCCAAGAGCUUCUAAAUUUCUAUUUAAGUUCUAACCUCUCGCACUUUACAGUACCAAACACCAUGGCCACCCUCAAGAUGCUCCUGUCUGGCGCUCAGCCACCCGCUAAGGCUGAGCACAGCGUGCUAACCAUGUCCGACGACCAGAUCAUGAAUACAAUCUAUGCAACCCAUGUUCACGGUGACGAGAAGUUUGAUGUCGACUCUCUUUUCGCUGUCACUGAGAAUAUUCUUCAGCGUGCUACCGAUCUCGUUGACAAUGUUGUUCUGGGUACCAAGACACAACAGGAGCACCUGGACGAAAAGGUGCCCAAAGCCAGUUUCAAUCCACCGUCGUGCACACUGAAGGCACUUUCCUGCGAGAUGUCAUGCAAGGCUCCGGGUGAGGAGAUUGCCCACAAAACAACACUGUCAAUACUUAACAAACUCGCACACUAUUCAUGGGACGCCAAGGCAGUGCUGACACUGGCGGCCUUUGCUUUGGACUAUGGGGAUUUCUGGAUGCUUGCCGAUCUUCACUCAUCGGACCAACUCGCCAAAUCAGUGGGGAUCCUGAAAAGAGUACCUGUUGUCUUAAAGCGCCCGGGCCUUCAAAAAUAUGGGAAAGCCAUAGUUGAGCUGAACAAUCUGAUCAAGGCAACAUUGGAAGUCAUCGAGUCCAUUUUUGAGCUGGAGAAGUUAACAGUCUAUGAUACAAAGGACGUACCGGCAUUGGCAGGUGCCAUGGACCGAAUCCCUGUGGAUGUCUACUGGGCUAUCAUAACAGUUGUAGCUUGCACCACGCAGAUGUGUUGCAUCACAGGGGAUGAAGGCAAGACACAGGAACUAUCGCCCUUCGCUCAGAAAAUCAACGUCAUACUCAAUGUCCUAAGGAGGACCAUAAAACUUGCGUACGAACAAAUAGACGUAAUUGAGGCUUAUAGGAAACUCAAGAAAAUAUUUCAAACACCUAGCGAAGUGAUGGAGGUUUUCAAGGCGCUCAUUUUCCACAAAGAUGCAGAGCCCUCGCUUAUUGAUGGUUCUACCAACAAAUUGGUUAGCAUCGACGUGCUGAAGAAAAAGGAUGUUCUGUUCUUCAUUUCGAGCCUGAACAUCACCAUCGAAGAGAUCUCGAUCCUAAAGCCAGUUUAUGAUGGAAUAAAUAAGAAGGAUCAGCAUAAAAUUGUAUGGAUCCCAAUUGUGGAGCACUGGACCGAUGAGCUGAGAAAGAGGUUUGAGGUGCUGCGGUCUAAGAUGCCUUGGUAUACAGUGCAGUACUUUUCACCUGUGGUGGGCAUCAAGUUCAUCAAGGAAGAGUGGGACUUCAAGAAUAAGCCUAUCGUCGUGGUGAUAAAUCCAAGAGGAAAGGUGGAACAUCCGAAUGCACUCCACAUCAUUAAGGUAUGGGGAAUGAAGGCCUUUCCUUUCACUAAAGAGGCAGAAGAUGUUUUAGCAACUAAAGAAGAUGUGAUGGAAGACAUCAUGGUUGGCGUCAAUCCAAGAUCGCCUGUCGUGAUCAAGGAUGACAAGUACAUUUUCUUCUAUGGAGGCAAGGACAACGAGUGGGUUCAACAGUUCACCAAGAAAGCAACUGCCCUGGCCAACGAUCCGGCGAUAAAGGAGGCAAGGAUUUCCAUCGAGUUGGUUCUUGUAGGGAAAAACGAGAAAGGGCAGGAUGAUGUUGGCAUCCUAGGCCGUUUCUGGGACAAAAUGGAAAGCUUUUUCUUCUCCAAGACUGAGAAGAAGACUGAACCGGACGCUGUGACAAGGGAAAUCCAAAAGUUGCUGUCUUACAAGAAUGAAAGUGGAUGGGUGGUGCUGAGCAAAGGGUCUAAAGUGAUAUUCACUGGUCAUGGGACAACAGUUAUGAAGGUCGUGGAUGAGUUUGAAAAAUGGAAGGGGUAUGUGCGCGAGAUUGGUUACGGAAUUAUUUUCAAGCAAUACCAUGAUAAGGUUAUUGAAGUGAAUCGCCCUUGCUCCCGUGUUGACAUUCCACUUGGUGUCGGAAAGAUCCCUGAGCAUAUGCAUUGCCCUCACUGCCCCCGCGUCAUGGAGACCUAUAUCAGCUUUAAGUGCUGUCAUGUUGACGGUGCUCUGAACUCACUGCACUAGAUACUUACCGGUGUUCGUGUUUCCCCUAAACUAUGAUGUUCCCUCUGUAUGUUUAUUUGCACUUAUCUAUAUAUAAUGUGUCUACAAUAAUUGGCAUCCUGAUUACGUUAGUAAUCUGACGCCAAUGUUUCGAAGACUAUCUUUGUAGUCGUUAAUGUUCGUGUUGCAAUUUCGUCUAGAGGCGCUUUUUUACUA